AAAGCAUACUUUCUAGAGGUAUCCAACCAGUUUUGUAACCACUGCAUACAGUGACGUACGUAUACUGAAUAGGUUGUGCCUUCGCCUGUGAUUUAAAAAAAAAAAUCUUGUGUUUGGAAUUAGUGGGAUAUUUUUUAUUGAUAUAACAAUGAAGUUAUGGAGAUUGUCCUUAAUAAUGGUUGUAAUGAUGUUUUCAUUACUCACAACUACAGAAUCCAUAGUGCCGCAGCCAAGAGCACCUAACUUCCAAUAUUUUGAAAGGCCAAAAUACCGGUAUCCAUACUACGAUGAGAACGGAAAAGGAAAGUUGUUAUACGGUUACGGUGGACCAGAACUAUAUCAAUAUAAAUCGUAUUCACCCUUAGAAGGAAUACACUAAUUUAUAGAUAUAUAUUAUAUAAUUCUGUAUUUCUUUGUACAUACAAAUACAACGGAUUUUGAACGUAAUCUAGUACUUUGGAGUAAGGUGCAAUGUUAUUUUAUUGUUGUUAACAAUUGCUUUGACAGACUGUAAACUCUUUUUGAGAUGGGUUCGUUUUUUUGUUUAAGUAAACAUUAUAAAAACAUAAAAUCUUUAUUAUAUUAGCAAUAAAUAUUGUAAAUAAUUAUGUCCGAGUUUCAUUAAUAAUUUCACCUCUCUGUAAAAACAGUAUUUAGAAUUGCUUGAGAGAUAGAAUAGACGAUUUUUUAUUUAAAAAAAUAUAUAUAAACUUUUGCUUAGCGACGAUAUUAAUGAAUUGUGACAUUCAUGAGAGUGAAAUUCGGAAACUAAUAGUUAAUUUUAGGCUUGAAAUACUCAUUAAAAUCAAUGGAAGUGUUUGUUAAAAUAGUUCAUUUUG